AAGCGCAGAACUCAGUGCAGAAGAGAGGAGACAGCGCAGAGCCCAGAAGAGCAGACCUUAAAUAUUGUGUGCAGCAGGGUCGUUACAGCGAUAACCUCCUUUUCUCUGCAAGAUGAUUAACUCCAUCUCUCACGUGUUGGUGAUUUUAGGCAUCUUUGCACGGUCUGUGGCCUUGGAUCCAAGCACUGGAGAAUCUCCAGUUCCCGUGACCUGUGCCAUGAGGGGUCUAGAUUUAAAGAAGGAGUCUGCUCAUGUUCUGUGCCCCCCCGGCUGCACGGAGCAACAGCUUUCUGUGUACGGAGACAAAAUCUACGCAGCCGUGUCCAGCGUUUGUGGUGCAGCCAUACACAGAGGCGUGAUCUCCAAAAAUGGUGGAAAAGUGACCCUGCGUAGACUACCUGGUCAACAAAAUUACCCAUCAGUCUUCUCUAAUGCAGUGCAAUCCUUGACCCUCAGCAAAUGGUCGUCUUCAUUCUCCGUUUCCAAGUUCAAGAGUCGAGGGUUGGAGGUGUCGGGAAAACCAGUAUCCACUCAGGCGUCCCCUGCAAGUAGACGUCAGAAGAAGACACCCGAGAAGUCAACCGGAAACAAAGACUGUAAGGCUGACAUCGCCUUCAUUAUUGAUGGCAGUAAUAAUAUUGGACAGCGGCGAUUCAACUUGCAGAAGCUCUUUGUGACAAAGGUAGUGCAGAUGCUGGGAAUUGGCACAGAUGGGCCCCACGUCGGACUGGUGCAAGCAAGUGAACAGCCCAAGACAGAGUUCUUUCUCAAAGAUUUUGCUACUUCAAAAGAUGUCUCGUUUGCUGUGAAGGAGAUCAGCUUUAAAGGGGGGAACUCUAACAUAGGCAAAGCGAUAAAGCACGCAGCUCAAAGCUUCUUUACUACUGCUAAUGGAGUGAGGAAAGGCAUCCCAAAGGUCCUGGUGGUGUUUAUAGAUGGCUGGCCUUCUGACAACAUUGAGGAGGCUGGAAUUGUGGCCAGAGAGUUCGGAAUCAACGUCUUCAUUGUGUCAGUGGCCCCUCCCGCACCCGAGGAACUAGGAAUGGUGCAAGACGUGGCAUUUAUAGACAAGGCGGUCUGCCGAAACAACAGCUUCUUCUCCUACAACAUGCAAAGUUGGUUUGGCACCACAAAGUAUACAAAACCUCUUGUACAGAAGCUUUGUUCACAUGAAAAUCUUCUGUGUAGCAAGACCUGUUACAACUCCGUUAACAUCGCAUUCCUGAUUGACGGUUCCAGCAGUGUUGGGGACCUGAACUUUCGCAUCAUGUUGGAGUUUAUAAUGAGUAUAAUCCGUGCUUUUGAGGUCUCCGAUGUGGGCGCUAAGGUGGGAGCUCUCCAGUUUACUUAUGACCAACGCAUUGAAUUUGGUUUGAAUGACUUUGCCACAAAGGAAGAAGUAAUGCAAGCACUGCGAAAUAUCCGCUACAUGAGCGGUGGUACAGCCACAGGAGAUGCAAUUAAUUUCGCUGUCCGUAACUUCUUUGAACCAACUAAGGAUGGGCACAACAAGAACUUCCUCGUUAUAAUCACAGAUGGUCAAUCCUAUGAUGAUGUCCGAGGUCCAGCGGCAGCUGCCCAUAGAGCAGGGAUAACAGUGUUUUCUGUUGGAGUAGCAUGGGCACCUCUAGAAGACAUCAAGGACAUGGCCUCUGAACCCAAGAACUCGCACACAUUCUUCACAAGAGAAUUCCCAGGCCUGGAGCAGAUUGCACCCAGCAUUACCCGUGGGAUCUGCAGAGAUUACCUGGAUGCACAGAAGUAAGGAAGUCGGGCAGAGCCCCUACGAGAGGACUGCGAGUGGCAGUUUUAAGAUAUAGACAAGCUGUCUUUUCUGUAUCGGGGGAAUCAGGGUGAAUGCAGUACCCAGACACAUCAGAUAGCGGUGCAUUUAACAACGUGUUAGGGAUGAACAAAUGACAGCUUAGAGGUAUAGCCUUUUGUUAUUGCCACACGGAAAGAGUUCAAUAUCAUUUUAGCUACUUUUCACAGCAUAUCUGCUAAAAUGUAUCAGCUCAAAUUCUGGAUUACUCAGACCGUUUUCUAUACAGUUUCAAAGGGUAUGCUGUUAUGGCUUUUAAUCUAUUAGCAAACAGGAAUAAAUCAAUUAAAAGCUUUGACCUUCAUAACAGGAAAAGGGCACUCUAUAUAUAUUUUUUUAUAAAACACUUCAGUUAUUCGUUUGUCAUUAAUGAGAUCCUAUCAUUGUGUAGCUUGCCCAGUAUGAUAUUGAUCAAAUACAAAUGUAUUAUCUAAAAGGAGACUUGUCAGGAAUUUAAGGUGGAAUUCAGGUUGUAGGUCAAAAUAUCUGAAGAUAUGGCAGUGUUGGAUAACGUUUCCAACCGACCUAUUUUGGUCUACAAUCUAAAAUUGACUUUGAAUUCCCGACAGCCAAAACUUUGCAAAUAACUGUAAAUUGUGAAAAUGUUGUUCUUUUGGUUUUGCAGUACAUGUUGAUGAAACCAACCCAAAAAUAAAUAGAUGAAGUUUAAAACAAAACCACAGUGUGGCAGUGUUGUACCUAAUUCACCCACAUUCUAACGUUUUCAGUUCAGAACACUAAGAUAUCAUUCACAGGGAACCGCAUAACGCUUCAUGUAAAUGUGUGCA